AUGAAAUGCCUCUUUUUCCAUCUCAACAAUCAUCGACGCCUCUCGUCUACCCCAAAUCUGUUGCAACUCCGAUCACCUCUGUCGCCGCCGCCGCCUGUGCCGCCUUCGUCUCCAGCUCCAGUUGCAUCGCCUGCAGAUUUGCCCUUGAUAUUUCAGCCCCACUUUCCCUCUUCUCUUUCAAUACACACGACGACUCCAUCUCCGUUCUGGAAUCAGUCGGCCGGCUCUUCCGCCAUCAGCAGGCCACCGCCUCCUCCAGUACCGCCAUCGCCACCCGAAGCGAAGCCCUCCAGGUCCCUCAUCAACAACACAGCUCAUGAUCCUACCAAACAGCCCCUUAGGCGAAUAGCACCCGUAUGUUGUGAGGUGAGAGCUGGUGAACGAUUUGAAGCAGACAUUGCUGAGGGCAUGAUUUUGUUAAUAUUAAAGGUUUAUCUUGGAGUACCUAAGGAGAAUAUUCAUGAGGAUUCUGUUUCUUUGCAUAUAACUAUUGAUGGAAAAAAGCUAGUUGCUGGAAACUUUAAUCUUCGGAGGCACUCCGAACAAGAGUUGUAUUUGUCAAUUGAUAAAAAAAAUCUCAUUAACCCAAGGCCACGAACUGCGUACCAAAUCGUUUCGUACCAAAUUGGGUACGAAAGCAUUCCGAACGUGACCUGGAUCGCCAACCGGUACGAUGAGGCUUCACUUAUUGGUAUUGACAAGCAAACCAAGGAGAAGACUGUUAAUGUGGAAAUCAAUGCUGGUGGCAUAGAACAUGAGAUGAUAACCCUGAAUACUAGAAGCAAACCACAAGCAGUCUUAUAAAGAUUGUAUGAUGAAGAAAUUCAGUUAAGCCAUAACUUCAAAGAUGGUAAGGCGUACCUCUUGGGACACUGACCACAAAACAUGGACAAAAGUGUGGAUAUCCUUUUCUCACUUUCACUCAAAGUAAUGAUGGUAACGAGAAAGAAAGAAAGUUGGAAAGGCGCAAUGAUGGUAAAAAGAAAGAAAGAAAGUUGGAAAGGCGUAGUUCCUGCAGCUUCUGAAAGUGCACAUUGUUUGUAGGACGGUGGAGGCAGAUGAUUCAACAUUUUAUUCAAGUUUAAUACCCAACAGUUUUUAGAUUUCCUUAUUGUUAGUGCAUAGAAAAUUGUUUUAGAAACAUAACCCACCACUCUCAUUGUGUUUGAUGUUUUCCUUUACCAAUUGCAACUCCCCAAGAAUGAAACUUAUGUCGUUUGUUUCUUGUACACAUUUAUGUCGUUUCUUCUACAC